AGUGACGCAGCGACGCACGAAGGGCGUUGUUCUCCCAUAAUGAGACACUUUAUAACAGCACGUCAGCCCCGGCGUCAAUCUAGUCUGAGAGCGACGUUUAGAACUGAGGGACUAUCCGCUGUUGGACUCUUUUUGGGAACAACUUGCUUUUGCUUCUUCCUGCCAGCCUGAAACUCUCUUUCUUUCUCACUCUUUUUUUUUGUUGUGUGUGGAAAUACAAGCUCACCGCUCCCAAUCGCCUGAAAAGAUGCUGCUCCUUCUGCUGGGAAUCGUCCUGCUGCACGUCGCUGGUCUGGUUCUCCUGUUUGUGUCAACAAUUGUCAGCGUUUGGACGACAGGGGAAACUGGCUCCUCAGACCUGUGGAUGAACUGCUCCACUGCCAAUGGAGGAUACCACUGUGACCCGGCAACCACUGGAGAGUGGAUCCAGGCGGUCCAGGCCCUCAUGAUCCUUUCCAUCAUCUUCAGCUGCCUGGCUCUCUUCCUCUUCUUCUGCCAGCUCUUCACUUUGCAGAAGGGCGGUCGCUUCUUCCUCACCGGAACCUUCCAGAUCCUCGCCAGUCUGUUCGUGAUGAGCGGCGCCAUCAUCUACACGGUGAUGAGUCCGCAGUGGGUGCCGGGCACCGACGCCUUCGGCUACUCCUACAUCAUGGCGUGGGUGGCCUUCCCUCUGGCGCUGAUCAGCGGACUCAUCUAUGUCAUCUUGAGGAAGCGAGAAUGAGCCACCCGUCACUCCAUCCCAGUGUUCCCAGUAACCCCUCACCCCCCCACACCCCCUCCCUGCCCGACUGCAAGUGUCAUCAGUCCCACUCUGAAGUAAAAAGAAAUAAUAUGUUUUGAUGCCUGAGUACCAACGGCCCCCUAGAGCCACCAGACCAACACAACCAGAUCACAGUGAGGGGUGUGGGGGGGGGGGGCGGGGGGUGGUAAUACCAAAAAACAACAAGCAAACCAACCAAUACUGUCUCAGUUAAAAGAUGUAUAUAGUAUCUAUGGUUUAAAACCUAUUUAUAACACUUUUUACAUAUAUGUACAUAGUCGUCGUGUUGCUCUGUCAAUGGAUCCAUAUGAGCUUUGUUUCAGCUGAUUAAGUGCCUCGAUGUUCGUUCGUAACGAUGAAAUAAUUAGAUGCUAUUUUGUGUCGCAUUUCCUUUUUUUUUUUUUUUCAACCAAAGAAUUACGGAAGAAGAAGAAAAAAAAAAAAAAAAAAAAAAAGAAGAAAGUUUGUUACUUCAAAGUAUUUUAACCAAAAGUGCAUGUAUAGAAAUAGAAGGGAGAGAUGUGUCGAUGGGCUUGCUUUACAAAAAAAAAAAAAAGAAAGACAAAAAGAGUGGUAACAUCCCUGGAUGUGGCCUAGCCGGGAAAAAUAUAGAUUUGGUCCUUUUUUUUUUUUUUUCUAUUUUGUGAAUUUUCAAGUUUUCAGUGUUUUUAUUUUCAGUAUUUUUCUAUUUCUUAUUUUCAACAAAAAGAUGGUGCUAUGUAUUUAUCAUUCCUAUUACCGAUAGCAAUCAUUUACAACAGAGUGACCUUGUUUAGAGUCAAAACAGCCAUUCAUUACAGUGGGAAUCGGACACGCGGUACGCCUGCACGCUUCUUUAGGGAACGCGGUCGGUUUCACAUCGCGGCGUCCGACUUCUCUUCUUCUUCUUCUUCUUCUUCUUCGUCGGCUACUGUAAAGCGAACGACUGAGUUUGGGGUGGUGCACUGAUGAAAACCGAAAAUAGAAUGUCAGUAUUAUUCUGCGGAUUUGUGAAGAGUUGGAUUACAGUGAAAUUAAUUCAUAUCGUCUCUAUUUGAGCUCUUUUUUUGCCUUAAUUGCAGCCCCGUUCCGAUGUUUGUGUUCACCUGGCUGUUAGAAAAAGUCUCAAGAAAAGCCAAAUUGCCUACUUAGUAGAGAAUACCUUAAAGAAAAAUGAACAUAUAACCUCAGAAAAAAAUACCAAAAAUGUAAACAUUUGAUAUUGCCACUCAGUUUGAAGCCAUAUAAGAUAAUUUCAGAUGAUGGGGGGGAAACAUAUGUAGUAUUAACUCUAUGUGUGAUGAAAAGGACAGAGAGGGUCGCAGGUUUCAAACACUUGAAGUUUGACACGCUGCCGUCUCUCUGCCCACUGACGUCCACCAGUUUGUUUUUUUAUUCUUCUUCUGUGUAAAAAAAACGCUGCAUAACAGACGGUGAUGAGAAUCUAGCCUAAAAAAAAACAAGAAAACACUCACUUACUCAAUAAAACUUACUCUCACGUUAUC